CAACAGUCCGGUAGGGUACUAAAACACACUCGCUGAAGGUGCCAAAUAUGUGGUGUGGUGUGCGGUUUCACUUCCUCAUCUCGUGACACUCAGGAGUUUCACUCUUGGUAGUUUUAUUCGCGCGUUGGAACAAGUUUGUUACAUUUCCUGGAGGUGACGAAGAAGAAUGGAUCAUCAUCUGAUUAUCAGUUUUCUUUCGCUGGUGUUCGCUAGCAGCGGUUUAGGGAGUACAGAAGAGCUCCAUGUUUCUUCCCCAGAGAUGGUUGAGAAGAUCAACUCGUUAAAUGUGGGUUGGCAUGCUACUGUUUAUAAGCAGUUUACAGAAAUGAACUGGAAGGAAGCAAAGCAAAUGUUAGGGAGUUAUGGUGGAUGGCCCAAAGACUCUCCUCCCAAGGUCAUCAAAGAAGACAUUGUCAGUGAUAUUCCUGGAAGCUUUGAUGCACGUACAAAGUGGCCUGGCUCCAUUCACCCGAUAAGGGAUCAGGGUAAUUGUGGAAGUUGUUGGGCAUUUGGAGCUUCAGAGGCGUUGUCAGACAGAUUUGCUAUUGCCAGUGGUAAUAAAAUUGAUGUGGUGUUGUCAGCACAACAGCUUGUCGACUGUGAUACAGAUAACUUUGGUUGUUCAGGUGGCUAUCCUAUAAAAGCAUGGCAGUAUAUGAAUCAAGUCGGCCUCCUGACUGUGGAAUGUUAUGGUCCAUAUCAGGCAGAGGAUGAACCUUGCAAGUUCAAUGGCACACUUUCACAGUGUCCCAGUGGUCAGGGUGUGUUUCAAGUUUACAAGGCAGCCAAUGCAUAUGCUGUGCAAGGAGAAGUUGAAGCCAUUCAGUCUGAAAUCAUGACAAAUGGGCCAGUUGAAGCAUCUUUCUCAGUGUACUCAGACUUUUACUCUUAUAAGUCUGGUGUUUAUAUACACACCACUGGCACCAUAGUUGGUGGUCAUGCAAUCAAGAUGCUGGGGUGGGGUCGGUCUGCAGAAGGCAUUGAUUACUGGAUUUGUGCCAAUUCUUGGGGAGAUGGAUGGGGAAUGGAUGGAUUCUUUUACAUCCGCCGAGGCACAGAUGAGUGUGGUAUUGAAAGUGGUAUCACUGCUGGCAUUCCAUAUAUGUGAUGGAACCAACUCUACAGCUGAGGCGCUGACACUGUUCUUUGACAUUGCGAUGCUGUUUGGAGGGAGGAAACACCACAUUAAAUUUUAUUCCUUUCUUAGCGUUUUUAUGGUAAUUAGAAACUAUUUCGUUGAAACUCCUCUCAUUUACUGCAAUUUUUAAGAUAUUUAGGAUUAAAUAAUUCUUAGACAGUACAUUUUUAAACAAAAGCUGAAUUUGAAUUUUAUUGUCAAUGGAAUUCUUAGACAGUGUGAUUUUACUGAACUGUUUUUCUGAAAAUAGUGAAUGGAUUUUUGUAGACUGCUGAAUUUAAAAUUUUAUUUUGUAGCAAUUAAAAGAGGCAAACGCUGAGGCCUUUUACGUUUAAUUAAUUUCUAGGACUGUCAAAUUUAAUAAUUUUACACCAUUGAAAACGAAUUUUUGCUUCUUUUAUUCCGCUCAACCGAAAAAGACGGUUAUGCUAAUUUUUUUAAAAAAAGUUUGAAUUAAAAAAAUGAAAAGAAACACCUGGACCAAUCAUAAGUCAAAGUAACAAUUCAU